GCGGCGGGGCCAGGGGACGCCAAGAUGGCGGCGGGGAACGGCGGCGGGGCGCUGAGGCGGGUGCGGGCGGUGCUGGGGCACCUCUCCGGGCAGCCCCCGGCCGCCGUGCGGGCAGCGCCCUGCGGGAGCCGGGCAGGGAGCGGAGCCGCCGGCCCCGACGACGUGGUGGUGGUGCACGGGAGGAGGACGGCUAUCGGCAGAGCCAAGCGCGGGGGGUUCAAGGAUACCACGCCCGACGAGCUGCUGUCUGCCGUUAUGACCGCCGUCCUGCAGGACGUCGGGCUUCGUCCAGAGGUGCUGGGAGACAUCUGCGUGGGAAACGUGCUGCAGCCGGGAGCCGGCGCUUUGAUCGCAAGAGUUGCGCAGUUUCUAAGCGGUAUCCCAGAGACGGUGCCUUGCUCGAGUGUGAACCGGCAGUGCUCCUCCGGGCUGCAGGCCAUUAUCAACAUAGCUGGUGGCAUCCGAAACGGGUCAUACGACAUCGGCUUGGCCUGCGGCGUGGAAACGAUGUCCCUCAGAAGUGCCAGUAACCCUGGCGAUAUCAGCUCCAGCAUGAUGGAAAACAGCAAAGCUCGAGAUUGCCUUAUUCCCAUGGGAAUAACCUCAGAGAAUGUGGCAGAGAAGUUUGGAGUUUCCCGAAAGAAGCAAGAUGCCUUUGCCUUGGCUUCCCAACAAAAAGCAGCAAAGGCUCAGCAGCUGGGACUGUUCAAAGCCGAGAUUGUUCCGGUCAAGACCACCGUCCAAGAUAAGGAGGGCAACCAACAAACAAUCACCGUGCACCAAGACGAAGGGAUUAGGCCCUCCACCACCCUGGAAGGCUUGGCAAAGCUGAAGCCUGCCUUCAAGGAGAACGGCAGCACCACAGCAGGUAACGCCAGCCAGGUCAGUGACGGAGCAGCCGCAGUUCUGCUGGCAAAGCGUUCGACAGCAGCACAGCUGGGACUGCCGGUGCUGGGGGUGCUCAGGUCCUUCGCCGUGGUCGGAGUCCCGCCCGAUGUUAUGGGCAUAGGGCCUGCCUACGCGAUCCCUGCCGCCGUGGGGAAGGCAGGUCUGACACUAAACGACAUUGAUAUAUUUGAAAUCAAUGAAGCCUUUGCAAGCCAGGCUGUGUACUGUGUUGAAAAGCUGGGCAUUCCCAUGGAGAAGGUCAACCCCCUGGGAGGAGCAAUAGCCCUUGGGCACCCCCUGGGCUGUACGGGUGCUCGGCAAGUCGUCACUUUGCUCAACGAAUUGAAGCGCAGAGGGAAAAGAGCGUAUGGCGUUGUAUCGAUGUGCAUUGGAACUGGCAUGGGAGCUGCAGCAGUAUUUGAAUACCCCGGGAACUAAACUCCAGUGUACUAACAAACCAACACAGCUGCUAAUUCUCUGCCUUCUCUAGUAAUAGCAAAUGAUUUGCACUGUGCAAUCAAGUGGAUUCAGGGAUCCGUUACUAGCUCUACAAAUUUCAGGCACAAAUUGAGAAGCAGAAUAAAUCCUACAGAUCAACUGAGGUGGAAAAAGGCAAAAUUGACGUUUGCUUCAGCACCAUGAAGCAUCCUAGGAUGAGAGAAGAAAUGAGGACAGGCCCUUGUGUGGUGAUAGUGAAUGAAUACUUGUAACCAAUCCCUUUACUCUGAGCUCCUUCUCUCUAAUUCUAUUUACGUUGUACGUUGUUUGUAUGACUAAUCACCUAAAACCAUGGCUCCAAAUGAAAAUGUCCGUGCACAUGAAAUGGCUUUUCCAGGGUUUUCUUAAAGCUUUUGCCAUCCUGCAGGAAGCCUAGGAAGAUGUCUUUUGAAAGCAGCACAAAGACUUAACACUUCCUUUAUAACUGUGUUUGUCCUACCCAAGUCACAAGUUGGCUCUGUCUUAAAUCAUCCACGUGCUAGAGGAUGUGCUUUAGCGUUGUAUCUAUGGAGAGUUUUUUAACCAAGCUGCUCUGAAAGCGCCAGGGGGGCAAGGUGGAAGGGCUGCUAGCAAGUAGUUUCCAUAGCAGCAAACUACAAACAGUUGGGGUGCCUGAACAGAAAGGUUCUGAGAAAUCGCUAGAAACAAGGUCUUUGAAAAUAGCCAUUCCACUUCUUACAACGUGUUUCUAAUUAUUAGCUUGUAUGACUAAUGUAGUAGACAAGCUUAUGCUUAAUGAUGAGGUACAAAACAGAUUUCAGCACUAAUACAAAUGUUUACAUUUCAUCUUAGGAAAUUUUCCCUUCAGAAAGAUCACUGAAACUGAAACUAAGAGCUAAUGGCUUGAAAAAGAAAUGUAUUAAUGACCUCUGAUGUGUUACGAAGUUUAAAUUUGUAACGCAGACUGAAGAUUUUUGUCCUAGCUCUUAUUUUGCACUUAAUACAAGUGGGCUCCUGCAAUAUCUUUGUAUUCUUUUUAUUGUGAUUGUUAGCUGAAGGUCACGAUUAGCGAGAGCUAUUUUAUUUUCUCAUGCUCCUGUUCUGCAGCCUGGCUUUGCUUACCCAGCCAUCUCACAGAUUUCAGAGCAAAAAGAGCAUUAUUUCGAGGGGGGAGGGAGGCAGUUGUAUCUUCGAGGGUCCUCUUUGCACACUAAGGUUCCUAUGUAUAAAAUGAGGUCUCAGUGCCAGCACAUAGCUGCUUCCAGCUAGGCAGAAGGCAGAUAGCAUCAUCUUUUGUCCUCUUCCAGGGUGGGUUUUGGCCCCUUCCCACACACACUGCCUCUAACAAAAACCUUAUGGGAUGGGAGUGGAAAACUUAGCGGUCUCAGAAGUGGGAAUUUUGGUGACCUUUAGCUAAAGCAAUUCUAAAAACAGUUAAGGAGAUGUGUGAGUAAAUGAGAACCAUGUGGGAGGAAGGAAUCAAAAGGCAGAAGCGUUUCUCCCGCUGUAGCUGACGGGGCUGUUCUCAAUACCCAAGCAUGAUGAAACAUGCAGAGUCCAGGAAAUGUUGGGUUUCCCAUAUUCAUGUAAGACAGUGAGAAGACAGCCAGAGAACUGCUGGUUUAUUCACUAACUCUUGGUUUUAUUGUGUAUCAGUGGCCAUUUUAAUGUCAAACAAGCAGAAAAAUUGCAAAACGAAAGCUUCUUUUUACCAUACCAACUGUCUUGAUUGUGAUUUGAAGCACACUGUACUAUGCAAAAGUUUUUUGACCCAAUAGUUACCAUUGCUGGCUUGCAAUUUAAAACAUGUUGCAGAGCCUGGCUCUGUGGGUAAUGCUAAGCUUAUCAGAGCAAUAAAAUACCACAGGAGGAGAUUA